AUGGUGGAGAAAACGAAGGGGAGAAAGGAGGAGGUGGUCACUAGAGAAUAUACCAUUAACCUUCACAAGCGCUUACAUGGCUGCACCUUCAAGAAGAAGGCUCCUAAGGCCAUAAAAGAGAUCAGGAAGUUCACUCAGAAGGCUAUGGGAACAAAGGAUGUGAGAGUGGAUGUGAAGCUGAACAAGCACAUCUGGAGCAGAGGGAUUCGAAGUGUCCCAAGAAGGAUCAGGGUUCGCAUUGCUCGUAGGAGAAAUGAUGAUGAAGAUGCAAAGGAAGAGCUCUACUCUCUUGUAACUGUUGCAGAACUCCCACCAGAAGGACGAAAGGGGCUUGGCACCAAGGUUAUUGAAGAGGAUGAUUGA